AUGCAUUUAAUUUGUUGCCGUCCAUUAUUUCUUCAUCAUCUAAAACAAUAUGUAUGGACAAUAAAACCUUACUUUCGUACAUUAUCUGAUACAUAUACAUCUCAUGAUCAAUUUAAAUUAGAUGAAGAAGAUUCUAUUCAAACAAAAUCAUUUGUUAAUGAUUUAUUGAUGCAAUCUAUUCAAUCAUGUUCAUCGUUAUCAACAUUAUUUCCACUUGUUCGUGCUAAUUUACCUCAACAUCGAGCUAAACAUAUAGCAGCAGCAUUACUUCGUGCAUGUAAUAUAGUACGUUCAUGUGCUUAUUUUCAUCCAAUAAAUAUGGAAAAUUAUCGUAAAAAACUUUUAAAUCAUCCUAUAUUUGAUCUUCUAUGUCAUUUAUGUGAACAUCGUUUACUUGAAUUAAAUUUUGAAGAUCAUGUUAAUAUAAUGUCAUCAUUAGUUAAAUUAGAUAUACGUAUGUCAUCAAGUGAAAGUCCAUUUCUACGUCAUUUAUUUACAGCAUUAGCACAAACUGAAUAUAUAGAAAAAUUUGAUUUAAAUUUAUUAAAUCGUUUUCUUAUUGCAUUAGUUAAAAAAUCUAAUCGACAUUUACGUAAGUUAUUAAUGACGUUUUUUUUUCUUCUUAUUCUUUUUAAAAUAUUUGAAAAAUUAGAACAAAUAAAAAAAAAAGAAAUAUUAAUAUAG